AUGGGGCCACUGCCCAGCCAAGCUCUUACACCUCCAGCUCCGUCUGCGCUCAAAUUGCUGGAGAUCUGCCUCCCGGGGGGCGAUGCCCUUGACAGAGGUGAGCUGGGAUCCCUGCACGAGGCAGUCUGUGCGGAUUCCAAAUUAAUGAAAAUUUUGUAUGAGUCUCCUGACUUUCUGACGUUUUGUAAGUGCACAGAACUGGAAGUGUCUCUGAUCUGGAUCCAGCUGUGGGAUACGGCAGGCCAGGAGCGCUUCAGGAAGAGCAUGGUGCAGCACUAUUACAGGAACGUACAUGCUGUUGUGUUUGUGUACGACAUGACAAACAUUGCCAGUUUUCACAGUCUGCCAUCGUGGAUAGAGGAAUGCAAACAACACCUGCUCUCCAGCGAUAUACCACGAAUUCUUGUUGGAAAUAAAUGUGACCUGAGAAGUGCUAUUCAGGUACCUACGGACUUGGCCCAGAAGUUUGCGGAUACUCACAGCAUGCCAUUAUUUGAAACCUCUGCCAAAAACCCCAAUGACAAUGACCAUGUGGAGGCCAUAUUUAUGACACUGGCUCACAAGCUUAAAAGUCACAAGCCAUUAAUGCUUAGUCAACCCCCAGAUCGCGAUGAAAUACAUUUAAAGCCUGAACCAAAACCUGCCAUGACCUGCUGGUGUUAA